ACGCUCACAUGCUCUUAUCCCUUCAAUGACUUCAAAGUAGAAACAUGGCGGCGUGGAAGUGAAACACUGACUCGGGCGAGGUACUACAAAUGAAACAGCAAAAAGUUUUUUUCUUCUUUAGUGCCUCGAGAGACGAAUCGCCGUAAAUAACACUGGAAUGUCUUCUUUCUGCACCGUGUGGACGCAGAAAAGUGUGGAUGUAAAAUAAGGUUUUUGUUCACCUGCGACCUCGCUGAAAACAAGCAGGAGAAAGACAACUGAAAUGAACGGGGAAAUAUUAUGCAAUGGACAUACUACACUUCACAAUUUUUUGAGCCAUCAGCCCUCAAAGCCACCACAUCAUGAGGAGAUCUCUGUCCAGGUCAUCCAGGAAGAGAAAUCCUCAUGGAAAUUUUGCACACCGACUGAGACACAGAAUAAUUCUAAAAGACCCAGUACUGUAAAUGGAGAGAUCAUUCUCCCCACAAUGGCUGUGAAUGAAGACCUCCAAACUUUAACACACAAAGCAGAAGAAAAGAGCAGACAGCUGCAACGUAUGCAGGCCCGUUUUCCCUCUCCAGCUGCAGUCACUCCAGAAGUCAAAAAUACUCGCCCACCCUGUCUGAAGAAAGCAGGCUGCCGUAAAGUCAAAGUGAGGAAGUCUUCAGAGAGAGUUGCAGAGAGCAAGAAUUCCAAUAACCGAAAGGUCACCGAUUACUAUCCCAUACGGAGAAGCUCACGGAAAAGCAAAACUGAAUUGAAGUGUGAACAGAAGAAACACUUGGAUGAGCUGAUCACAAAAGGGAUAGAGGACGGAAUGAUAGUGAAGUACAUUGAAGGAAAGGGGAGAGGAGUUUUCACUACCCAAUCCUUCCAGAAAGGGCAGUAUGUAGUGGAAUAUCAUGGUGACCUGUUACUGAAAACCGAUGCCAAAAAAAGGGAGGCUGUAUACGCACAAGACCCUACUGCGGGCUGCUACAUGUAUUACUUCCAAUAUCUCAGCAAAACGUAUUGCGUGGAUGCCACGAAGGAAACUGACCGCUUGGGAAGGCUUAUCAACCACAGUAAGAAUGGCAACUGUCAGACCAAACUCCAUGACAUCAAUGGAAUACCUCACCUGAUCCUUGUGGCCUCUCGAGAUAUAGAAGAGGGAGAGGAGCUGCUGUAUGACUACGGAGACCGAAGUAAAGCCUCUAUAGCCGCUCAUCCGUGGCUCAAACACUGAUGGAUUCCAUGAAGGGAAUGGCUUGACUUCUUAAAUCCAGUUUUAAUGUAAUUAUUGCCUUAGCAAAUUGAGAAUGUUUAGGGGGUAGUACUUGUUUGGGUGUGUUAAUCAGUGACUUAAACACAUUUAGGUUACGGUACAUAUUCCACAUGCCCUACAUAAUGCUUUUAAAAUUAUUUAUCCUGCUAUAUGACAUGCUAGUUUUGACACUUCCUUUUUUUUUUUUGUAUAUUUUAUAUACUUGUAGAGCAGUGCUUCCAAGGCAUGCAGUUAUAGUCAAACUUUCUGCAUUUUUUAUAAGGAGUUUUCUUAAGCCAAUGUAUAGUAGUUUAGAGGCUUAGCAAUAACUAUUUAUGAUGUGCAAACAAUUCUGUGGAAUGCAAGUGAUUUUUGCUUAGAAGAGCCAUGUUUUAAAAGCUUGGGAAAACUGGAAGGUACCCUCCCCCCUCUUGACUUAAUUUGGAGUCUUAAAGUUUUACAAUGUUGAGCCUGAUGUAGUGGAUUUAAAAAGUAUCAACCUGAACUUUGAGUGUUCAUAUGAAAUGACCCGAGUGUGAGUAUUGAGCUGAUUCUCUAUGCUAGGGUGGGAGUGUUUAAUAAAAUUAUUUUAUGCAAA